AUGGAGCCCGCAACCUCCCCGUACUCACCUGUAAGGUGCUCUGCUCGUAGCACCGCCGGCGUGCCUGCGCCCAGCGACGACAUGGUGUACUACGGGCCUGGAACCUCCUCCCCACGCCCCAACGCUCGCCAUGCUCGUGGACCGUCGCCCUCUGCUGCGGGCGCGCGCAGAGACGACCCGGACACCGAUACAGAAUAUUUGCCGUGGGCGGACCGCCAGGAUGAGCGACUGGACGUCGAAGACGACGAUGAGGAAGAAGACAACUGGAUGCCGGAAGAGGAACCUGUGGACGAGGAUGCGGAGGGUAACCCUGCUUUACCUCGCGACGUUGCCGCUAUGUGCACUCAAGCGCAACCAAUCAUAUCCGGCCGCUCCGUCGACCAACCCAUGCCCCUUCAUGCUUUCCAUCCGCCCGUCCGCCUCCCCCCCUCCCCCCCUCCCCCGUGUUUCGCAGCGGAGCAGCGCGAGGUCCGCCCACUCUCCGAGGUGAUCGCGUCCUCCACGCAGGCAACGUCCAAGGAACAACGCCCCGGUGGACGUGGUCCGACAUUGAACCGUCGUGGAACCGCUUCAGCAAAUGCACCAGGCAACCCCGGCGCUGCCCUUGACAACGCGAUUGCCGGGCGGGUCGCGAAACAGGAACAGCGCAUUCACGAGCUGAACCAGACCAUUGAGAGGCUUGAGGGGAAUCGAGCCACUGCCGCGCGCUCCGCUUCUCCGCGUGCAACAAACCGGCCCAGCCGCGCGCGUGACGCGGCUGUGGACGAGCCCGCACCGUGUCGCCAGCACACGGCGGCGGGCCGGGCCGUUGUCGAGGACAUGAUAAAGAUAUUGACGUACGACACGUCCGUCGCACAGCUCACCUUUUGGAUGCCGCCAUCCCUGCUCGAACGCCUCUUGGCGCGCGCUCUGCGUAUCACCAGCCCUGCGCACCGUACAAUGCUCCACAUGUUGCUGGCGCACGACGAGAAGCGGGCGGGGUGGAUUACCCGCCAGAUGCAGGUCUGGCGCAACACCAAAUGGGAGCACGGCCGCACUUACGUGUACAUCCUGCAUGGACUGCCAUACAAGACUGGCUCCAGCCCGCGCAUCUCUCUUCCGGCAACUCCGAGCGCGCUGGAGGUGCCACGCAUCUCUGGCAAGCAAUUCAUAGAACAUUUCCCUGCCGGGCCUGCAAGUUUCGAGCUGCACCCGUGGCAUCGCAACGCGGCGGGAAUUCCUUAUGCAACCGAGAAGUUUGAGCGCGCCAUAUUUGUCAGAACAUUAUAG